ACGUAAAACCCUUUCAUGUACGCACAAAUUCACCAAUUCACAAUCACUUGGGACAAUUCUGCAUCGCAUCAUCUACGGCUGCACAUCUCCGUUGAACCCAAGAAAUUAGGGCUUCAGGUUAUUAGAAAUCAAUCCGCUUCGACCUCCGACCUCCAAACCCUUCACGUUUCUUCUGCUCGACGGCGUUCAGAGCUUCACUUCCGGCCACCAGACAUCGACCUCAGCUUCAUCAAGAUGAGUCUCUUACAGAAAAGAAAAGCCCCAGAGACGAAACCAAAAACAGGUGGUAAUAUAGCGGAAUCAGAUCGCAUAGUACUGAAUGUGAUUAAAAGCAAAAGAGAAAUGGCAAUCUUUGUAAAGGAUUUAAAGCAGGAAGCAGGACUCCCAGAUCCGACUUUCAACAAGUCUAUAAAGAACCUCCUAACUUCUGGUUUAGUAAAAGAAGUUGCCCAUGUCCAAUUAAAGGGCAGAAAACACUAUAUUGCAGCUGAGUUUGAGCCAUCACAGGAGAUCACAGGUGGUUCAUGGUAUUCAAAAGGAGAACUUGAUCAGGACUUCAUUAAUGGUCUUAAAGACCUUUGCCUCAGGAUCAUUCGUAAGCUAAAGGCUGCAACUGCUGAUGGAGUAUAUGAUUUUUCUGUUAAAAAUGGGCUGAUUAAUACUGAUUGCACGAGUCAGCAAAUAAGUGAGAUAUUGAAGUCUAUGGUUUUGGAUAAUAAGAUUAUAGAGGUGAAGAGUACUGGAUUGGGGGAAUACCAUUCCAUUCCUAUUGGGAAUGUAUGUUACAGAUGUACAACAGGGGAUUCCGCUCAGGGUUUGAGAACAGGGGCAAUGGUGUCAAUUCCUUGUGGUGUUUGUCCAAGAAUUAGAGAGUGUACACCUGAUGGACUCAUCUCUCCAACUACCUGUGUUUACUACACCAAGUGGUUAGAGUUCUGAUCAUCACACCAUUUUGUUUGAUUUUGGGUGUAUAGUUUUAAGUGUUUCUUUUCUUCAUCUUUAUCUAGACUUUUUAUAUACUUUUUGUUUCGUUUCAUCCAUUAAAGACCUGUUCAUCUUUUAUGAAUUUCUUAUUAGAGCAUUGAAUGAUUCAAUUUUGAAUGAUCAUGUCAUUGUUCAUAUAAUAGGAUAUUUCAGUUGAAUAAAACAGAGGGAAAGUACAUUGUUAUAUUUCUACUCUUUGCAUUCAUCCCUAAU